AUGGAGACAUCAUGGAGCAAGAAAGGUCUUGACUGGGGGUCCGCUGGAGAGGUGAAGAUGCUGCAACAGCGCAUCUCUAACAUAAUGGAGACUGGCGCCAAGCUGACCAAUGUGGUUCAGAUAAUGCUCGACCGCCGCCUCCUUCCAUGCCAACAGAGGGCCAAUCCGAUGUGUUCUCACAAGCUCGUAGACCCGGCCACUGUGCAGUACCUCUUUGGCACUACGCACGACAAGGUGUGGAGUCUGUUGUUCAGGUCCCAGGCGGAGUGGCCAGCCGAGAAUCAGGACAUUGGUCUCGAUGCCGCGAAUCCCCCGAAGAAGAUAAACCCUAGCCCCGUUCCUCCGCGCCGCCGGACAUGUCCUCCGCCGCCGGACACGACCACCGCCACCUCACCUCGGCCAAUCGCGCGCCGCCACCUCAGCUCCGCCGCCUCCCGCGCCCAACCAGGAGGCGACACGUCAGCGGCCGCCGACCCUCUCUCUCCCCCACCACGCUGGCCCGCGGAGCCCGGAUCGGGCCCGCGGGGCCCAUCCCACCACCGCCGCCCGCGGGCGCUGCCUCGCCAGAGCCGCCCUUGCCCCGCCGCCUCUGCCCGCCGGCGACCCCGCCGCCCGGCGCGCCUCGCAGCCCGCGCCGGCCCGCGCCUUCCGCCGCCCUCCUCCGCCGCCAGGUCGCCGGAGCCCCGCCGCCUCUCCGACGCCUCGCGCCGCCACCUCGUCGCGAAGCCGCCUCGCCCCGCGCCGGCCGGAGCCGAGCGUCACCGCCCCUUGCCCCGCGCCGCCCUCGCCGACCUCCUCGUCGCCUCGCCGGAGCCGAGCUCGCCGGAGCUCUCCUCCGGUCUGUAG